ACAGGCGGGGUAUGUGACGUCUGCGCAUGUGCACAGGGGCAGCAGGAAAUCACUUUAUUUUCAGAAUUUCUGCAGUUUGUACAGAUAUGGCCUCGACACCAAAAAUAAAGAUUGGCAUCAUUGGCGGCUCUGGGCUGGAUGAUCCAGACAUACUAGAGUGCAGGACGGAGUGCUUUGUGGACACACCCUUUGGAAAGCCAUCAGAUGCUCUUAUAAUGGGAAAAAUAAAAAAUGUCGAUUGUGUGCUUCUUGCCAGGCAUGGGAGACAACACACCAUCAUGCCAUCUAAUGUGAACUACAGGGCUAAUAUCUGGGCACUAAAGCAGCAGGGAUGUACUCAUGUAAUUGUGACCACUGCCUGUGGGUCGCUGAGAGAGGACAUCCAGCCUGGAGACAUUGUCCUGCUUGACCAGUUCAUCGACAGGACCACCAAGAGAGAGCAGACAUUUUAUGACGGCUCUCCCAGCAGCUUACCAGGAGUGUGUCACAUCCCUAUGGCUGAACCAUUCUGCUCUAGGACCAGAGAAGUGUUAAUAGACGUGGUGAAGGGUUUGGGUAUACGUUAUCACCCCCGUGGGACAAUGCUGAGCAUUGAGGGGCCGCGCUUCUCCUCCCGCGCCGAAAGCCUUAUGUUCCGCCAGUGGGGUGCUGACGUCAUCAACAUGACCACCGUCCCCGAGGUUGUCUUGGCUAAGGAGGUUGGCCUGUGCUACGCAAGCAUUGCAAUGGCAACUGACUAUGACUGCUGGAAAGAACAUGAGGAGGCAGUUUGUGUGGAUAAUGUCUUGAAGACCAUGAAGGAGAACGCCAACAAAGCCAGCAGCAUCCUGCUAACGGCCAUCCCGCUAAUCUGCCAGAUGGACUGGGAGCAAACCAUCGCCGGACAUGGAGCCAUGGCACAGAGCUCCGUCAUGCUGCCCAAACACUGAAGCUCCUCUCAAGCCGAAGAGAUGACUGAGUCAGCCCAUCUGUACACACACUAUACCCCAUACACUUAUCGUAAUACCGGAUGAAAAGUGCCUGAUGUGCGUGUUUCAGACUUCCUUACGUUUAUACACUUACAUACAGCUGUGUGCAAAGGUUUGGGUGCCCCUGCUCAAGUGACAUGUUUUGUUGAUUUUCUGAGUGAAAAAAGUACACAUCCUCUGCAGAGAAGACAUACAUUUUAAUGGACAGUUACUGUUUAAUUUCUGAAUUUAACAUAUUAGGGAGAAAAAAAACAUGUCAGAAUGUGGCCUGUGUAAAAAUGAUGGCAAAUUUUAUAUUGUAUGUUUAUUUUUUUUCUUAGUCUUUAGACUAAGUAAAUAUUUAGAAAAGGUAUACACUGAAAUUAGCAGAAAAAUAAAAGCCUUUUAGCAUUUCAGAGACGGUUUGAGAUUUGAGAACGAGAAUUGCAUGUAUAUCAUUGAAUGUGAUCCAUGAGCAACUUUUCUUGUAUCCCUCUUAGCUUACUCGCUGAUUAUUAUGUGCCUUGUUUUCUUUACAGACGUACAUCCUCUCUAGUGAGGCAGAGAGAGGUCAGAUAGUGGGAAUGCAACUAUUUUAAAUUCAUUCACAUUUAGCAUUUAUAGUGUUAUGUCUCCUUCUUCUGGUCUGCUUUUAGCAUCUUUCAGAGCUGCUUUUGGAACAUACAUAAUAUGUUUUUUGGUUUUGGAUUGAGAUUUACUUAUGUUUUACUCAUGUUACACUGUGCUAAAAAUAUGAUUUGGGCUUACCAAGGUAGACCCAGCUAUUUCAAUCACAGUUUCUAUUUUUGAAGUGAUAAACCGCAGCAUGGCCCACAGAAAUAUCUGCAUGACAUUUCAAUAAUCUCUACUUUUUAUCAGAUCUUUAUACCAGUUUUUUGUUUGUUUGUUUGUUUUUUUGGCAUAUGCAUCCAUCCUCUGGCUCUCCUUAAGUGAGACUGCAGCUGCAUAGACUUAUUGUGUUCCUUUCUGUUUUGUACAUGGCAUAUAUCUGUGUAGUUGAAACCGCUCUUAUAUCUAUUCAUAUCCUCUAAACCUUGGUUUUGUACUUUUGUAGCUUCAAUAAAAGUGUUACAUGCA